UAUACGGUCAAUAAUCACUUGACUUUCUGUAGAAGUAGAUGCAACUAGAGGGAGAAAAAAACAAAAAGUCGCAGAGUAGCUGAACAACUCCACGAAUAAACAAUAGUAAGUUGCCCUACUGCUCUGUCCCACAUCCAGUGAUAUCAUCCAUGGAGGAGAACCACGAGAAGUUUCAAAUUCAAUUUGUGGACAGCAGGUUGAGGUUCAGGUGAAGAAAGAUGUCCUCUUCUCCGACGGGGGCGGCCUCGCUCCCCACCUGGAAACCUGGGCAGCAGCAGAUGACAUCUCAAUUUCCCAUCAGUGCCGAUCCGUUCCUCGAGAGCAGCGUGACUUUUCUGGAAACUUUCAAUUAAGGGUUGGAACUUGACCUCUCAUCUGUAAGCGUAUCUAUGACCUUUUCAAGUAGGAAUGUCAUAGAUUGAUAUUAAUAUUAGAAAUAUGCGACCUAGAUCGGUCAACUUGCAACUCCUAAUUCCAGUUUUUCUUGAAGGAUCGUCUGGAUUUUGAGCCCGUAGUGAAAAAAGUUUGGUCGGACCAGCUAGUCUCCCUACCAACCGCCACCAAGCGACUGAACGCGACACUGCAGGACAAAGCGCGUGUUCAGGGCUACGCAGGCGAAAAGGACUUGCUAAACGAGGUUGAAACCUACUUCGCCAAGCGUGCAGCAACGCAGCUUAAGGGCACAUUGAAGAUUCUUGAUUCUUGACAGCGUACUGGUGCUUACUAGUUCCUCCUAGAGGAUCAUGAAGGAUCUUCGUAGUCGUACAACCACACGAGAAGCAAAAUCUAAAUCAAUGAGCUAGAACUAGAUGAAGUAAAACAACUAGGACUUGUUCUUGUUGAGAUUUAGAUACAACCAUAUCAAUCUAGUAUCAGCGCGACUACUCUUCAUCUAAUGAACGAGCAAGCCUCAAAAGCGACGUCAGCGGUGGUCUCUCGAAGAGCUCGGCACCACAGGAGGUCUCGACCAUUCCGCCAACAAGACAGACGAGUGUCUUAUCUUUUGUUGGUCCGCACGGGCUGAGUAGCGGAAAAUCUCAUAAUUAAGGCCGCUUGUCUUUGUCUUCCAUCGCUAGUCCUCUUCUAUCGUGGGAACUACCUAGUCUGGCUCUGAGCUAUUGUCGCUAUCUUGAAUGAGAAUUCGACCCCUUGAACAUUUCAACUUGUUUAAAGGGUGAAAGAUGCGAGGCGAGUUGCAAUCGCCAGCAGCCCACGGGAUCACUUCGGUAACCACCGAUCGUGUUGAUAGGCAAACACGACUCUCUCUAAAAUAAAAGAGGGAACAAACGGAGUAAGAACGCUUCUGGGUCUGGCGGAUCAGGCACUGCAGAUGAUUCAGCGGGUCAGGAGCCCACAGACGGUGGCGGUUCCGCAGCGUCAGCUGCAGGAGGUGCGGCUGGAGGAACUGCGAACUUUCCACUUGUUAUGGCUCCCUUACUAGGGGUCGCUCGUUGACGAACGACGAGUACUUCUUAAUGAAUUACCGAAAAAAGAUUCUCAACCUCAACAAGAAAUACAACAUCUUCUACCAAGAAGAUCAAGGUGAAGUAAGUAAAUAACAGAAAGAAAGCAGCAGGUGCUUUCAUCAAGGAACCACGAGACAAGGAACCGCCAUUGGAACGGCCAACGUGCACACGUUGUCGCAUAGUAUCAAGUAUUCCCAGCAGAAGCAGUAGGAGUAGGUAGUACAAGAAGUUUUGCUUCUUGUUCUAAUAUUCGGCCUCGAGGCAAGCCGCGACGUGCACCGCAGAAGGGCCUCGAGGACUCGGAGACUGAUAGUGACGAAUAUGAUGCAGACGACGUUGCGGGAUUUGUACAUCCAAAUACACGGAGAGCACUGAACGGUCGUAAGCCGCCGGCUCUGGCGAAAGGGAAAAUCCCGUUUAGCGAUGACGAGGACGCUUUUCGCACGUUUUUGUACAAGGUUGGGCACGAGAAUCCGAAUUUGACCAUGAAGUAUGUGCUUCCGUGCUUUUAUCAUCUCAAUUUUGACGGUGUGGCGUCGCUGGAAGGUGUAGUUCGUAUACCGAGCAGCUUCUCAAAUUUACAGCGGGUGUCGCUCAACCGAUGUGGUAUGGCCUUAUUUUUGAUAAAUAUCGACCGUUGCUUGGUUCAUUAAUGCAUUUACAUCAACAAGUAGAGUGAUCUUCGCAUUCAAUCCACGACAAGAGCAGCUUCAAUCUACUCAAGGUGUAUUACCCAUUUUGUUUAUGUGCUGAAGGUGGUGUUACUUUUGGACUGCUCAUUCCCAUUCUCAAUUUAUUCCUGGUUUGUCUCUUGAUCUUCUUGAACUUCUUGACAAACAAAUUCCUCUCUCCUCUGGCACUUCAUUUUCCGACUGCGGGCACUCGCGCCGGAGGUUCUGCACGCUCCGUGUCUCGAGCGGCUGUCAUUGUACAACAACCAAAUCACGCAUGUUCGGCCGUACGAUCGUCGCGCUCACGCGCGGAAUUCGAAGCUGCAAUUUCUCGGCAUUGGCUGCAACUUUCUGGACGGCGUCGCAGUAGAGGAAAUACUGGAGUGGUUCCAGAAUCUCCUAGUUCUCGACGUCUCCUUCAAUUUCGUCGUUGAAUUAGACGCUUGGUCAGACACGCUAAUGUCCAUCGAGUUGACCGGCAAUCCAAUUUCCCUCUGUGCAGACUUACCAGUGCUGCUGGCGGACAUGUUUCCAAGGAACGCUAGCACGGAAAUUCUGAGGGAUAUCGACAAAGGCAAGUUAGGAUCAACUCUGCUGGGAUCGACGACAGGAGCAGUUGCAACUCCAGAACCAAGCUUGGCGUGCAAGGUAAGCCUGAUGGUGUAUCAUCUAACUAUGAAGAUGCACAUUUGCUUUCCUGAUCAACAUGAUCAUGUUGUUAAUGAGCAUGGGUUAGACAAGAAGAAGUUAUUGCCUUCUGAUUUCAUUUUUUUCCAUGAGCAUGACAACCAAAUACGAACAGCCUCGAAAUCGAAACACUGUCCUACUACGACUACAAAUGAAUUUUUUUCAAUCACCCCCUUCUGUCAGGCGCUUCCUCUGCAGUUCGUCGUGCAUUCUAUAGGCAACUUGCAUCGAUGCUCAGUCGAUGCAGAGGUUUUGGCCUCUGUAGUAAGCCAAUUGCAUAUCCGAGUUGAGGUUCCGUCAGGCAGUGUGGUUUUCCUGAUUAAGGCUGUAAAUAGGUCAUUUAUCUUUUUGUUCCUCAUCAAGCUUUUCCAACAUUUGAUCGCUCAACAUCAUCUCGUACCUCUACACUCACUUGUUUCUUUCUAUCAUGUUGAAAUUCAAGUCCCUGAAUCGACAAUGAAUGAAUGGUAAAUUCUAAGCUGGAGCCAGAGUGUGCAGCUGCGCCCGACCUAGCGGCACAGCAACAGGCAGAGGUUGACGCCCAAGAGGCAGGAGAGCCGGCACCAGCGGUGGAGGCCGUAGCCUUCGACGAAGCUAGUGCGCUUUUUCGGCAGAAAUUUAGUCCUGCUCAACUCUGUGCCUGGAUCUUGUCGGUGCCGCAUUUCGAAAUCGGUACUGUCAGUGCACAAUACGUACCCCCAGAGACCACGCCGCCUGCGGAGGGCGAAGAAGCACCAACUGAGCCAACUGCCGAAGAGCUGGAAAAACAUAAGAACGCGUUUUUAGAGGAGAAUUUCGUCGCGUUAGCGGGAGCAAGCGUCGACGUCCAGCGAUGGCUGUGGCAUAGCCGACGAAAACUCAAAGAAGUGACCGCACCAUUAAGGCUUCCUCUAUUCUUCCAUCUUCCGCGACAUCCUGGAGACGCUUACUUUUCAACUUCAAGGGGAAAAGAGACCCUCCAGAAUGAAUGUACCAUCAAUCUCAAGAUAAAUCAAUUAGGGCGAUCUCUAAUACCACUGGUACUUGGAGCGGCCAACGCACGCAUGGCGAAGAACCGGAUGCCGCACUUCCGGAAGAUCCGAGAAGCCCCUAUGUCCAUGACGUUGAGCUUAUUUUUGGACUAUGACGCACAGGACGAGGCGGAGAGCGGCGAGGGGCAGAGCUGAGCGGGGGCCCUACGUACUUCACAAUACUUAUCAUACUUAACAACAUCUGUAUGCGUCCCACCAGGACCAGGUUCUGCAGAGCUGCGCAUGAUAUGAAAUUUACUCGUCUUCCAGCAUCUAGACUGAGGUACUGUCCCAGAGGGUAUCAUAGUCCCUCACACAGUUCAUCUUCAGGUUGAAGACACUUACAGCAUAAGUUCGGUGGUAAAUACAAAUUUCUGGGUCCAUUCUUAUCUUUUAUCCUGUGCUUGCAGUCGAUAAUAUGUUUCUGUGUUGCAGCAAACACGACCAAGAAUAGAAUGAUCUUGCAUGUUUGGCCGACAACUCCUUGAUAAAUAUAAGUUGAUUUAUCAUGUGGAACUGAUACACAAACUUGAGCGCGUACUUACUCUUUCGAUUAUGCUGUUGACAAGGUCGCAAAUUCUAGUUCUUUUUUUAAUUCUUCAACAUGCUGGUCAUUGAUUUGGGAUUUUCGGGAACGAAUGAGAAAUGAGACACGGGACCAUCUACGUACAGCUUAAAAUACAAUCAAAAAUGCAGUCUUAAUGAUGAUGCUAAUGCUCUGUGGUCUGUGGACAACGUCAACUUCUCAAAAAUCGCGAAGUAUCUAUAAUGGUGGAAAUUCAAAUUACAUUACAGCAAGAUGAAUCAUUCACAGUCACCAGGAGAUGCUGCAGCAGAAAGAAAAGG